AUGGUGUUAAGGGAUGAAGUAAGUGAUCAUGCCAACUUUAGUGUAAUACCCAUCAUUGGCACAGAAGGAGUUGGAAAAACAACACUCACUCGACUUGUGUAUGAUGAUAAGGCAGUGGAAGACUUCAAACCAAGAGCCUGGCUUUCCCUCUACGAAGAUUCCAAUGUUUUCAGAAUCUCCAAGGCCAUUCUAGAGUCAAUCACUUCUAAAUCCUGCAGUCUAAAGGAUUUAGAUGAAGUGCUGGCUCAACUGGAAGAAGCAAUUUUUGGGAGGAAAUUCUUGUUUGUCUUAGGUGAUGUUUCGACAGAGAAUUAUGGUUUGUGGGAAACUCUAAAGUCUUCGUUUAUGGCUGGAGCACCGGCAGUAUGCUUUAUGUAUUGUGCAAUUUUACCUGACGACUAUGAAUUCGAAGAAAAGGAGCUUGUUCUUCUAUGGAUAGCAGAAUGUCUAAUUGGAGAAGCGCAAGGGGAUGAACGAAUUGAAGAUAUAGGUGGUAAGUUUUUCCAAGAACUAUUGAAAAGAUGUCUUUUCCAGCAUUCAAGUAGUCACGCUUCUAAAUAUAGAAUGCAUGACCUUGUCAAAAUUAUGGCCCGAUGGAUUUAUGGAGAAACAGAAUAUUCCAGGUCCGAUGAUGUGUUGGGGGUCAAUGAGCAACGGGAAGAAUUCAAGAAGACCUCUCAUUCUGAUACUUCCGCUCGGUCUGAUGAGAAAAAUAUCUUUAAGUUAUUCUAUGAUGUUGACAACUUACGAACAUUUGUUCCUGGACUCAUAAGUAAUAAUGAUAACCAUCACAUUACUGAUGCGCUUCUUUCUGAUUUGCUACCAAAGUCCGAAAGAUUGAGGGCGUUAUCUUUGGCAACACAUAGUAUUACGAAGUUACCCAGUUUAGUUGAAGGUUUGAGAUAUCUAAGAUAUGUCAACCUCUCCAGCACUAUGAUCAGAACGUUACCUGAUUCAAUAUGUUUGCUACCCAUCUUGCAAAUUUUGCUAUUAAGGGAUUGUUCUCAUCUCGUAGAGUUGCCUUCCAAUUUGAGGAAAUUGAUCAAUUUAUGGUAUCUUGAUAUUACCGGUGUCAAUUUACUUAGAGAAAUGCCAUUGGGAAUGAAAGAGUUGACAUGUCUUAGAACAUUAUUGAAUUUUAUUGUGGGCAAAGGUGUAGGAUCUGAUUUAAAAGAUUUGGAGGACUUAAAAUUUCUUGGUGAGCUUUACGUUUCAAGAUUACAGAAUGCAACUGGUUCACAAGAUACAAAGGACUCCAUAUUAAAAGAUAAGAAGGCUCUAAAAGUGCUGGUACUAGAGUGGGACUUUCAGUUGGAUGACACAAGAGAUGAGUUAGUGGAAGAAAAUGUACUGGGCACGCUCCAACCUUACCAAAAUCUGAAAGAACUCACAAUCAAAGGCUACACUGGCACAAGAUUUUCAUCUUGGCUUGGAGAUUCAACAUAUUCAAAAAUAGUUGUGUUAACAUUGAAAAGAUGUGAAAGAUGUAGAGUCUUGCCUUCACUUGGAUGCUUGGGUUUGCUUGAACACCUUACUAUUAAGGGAAUAACAGGAAUAAAAAGGAUAGGUUCUGAGCUUUUUGGAAAAGAUUGUUCAAGUCCUUUUAAAUCACUGAAGACUCUUUGUUUUGAAGAUUUGAAAGAAUUGGAGAAUUGGGAUCCUGUUGAAGAAAAUGAGCAUGUUGAAAUAUUCCCUUGCUUGCGAAUGUGGGGUAUUAGAGGUUUCGUUCCCAAGCCUCUCACCGUAUUGCGACGCAGAGGUAGACGGAUGUAA